UCAGACCAAGCUGAAACAUGUCUGCUAAGCUACUCCUGGGCCUGGUUCUGGUUCUGAGUGGGUCGCGAGGUGUCGAGGGACAGAGUGCUGUCGAGACCGAGGCCAGAGAAUUUCUGAAGCGCUUUGAUGAGAAUGCCACCCGCCUCAUGUACCAGUACUCCCUGGCCUCCUGGGAGUACAACACCAACAUCACCCAGGAGAACUCGGACGAACUGUCGAGGCAGGGAGCUAUCUGGGGAGAAUAUUAUUCUCGCGUGUCGGAGGAGUCUCAGGAGUUUCCCAUCGACCAGAUCAGUGACUCGGAGAUCAAACUGCAGCUCAUCUCCCUGCAGGACAAAGGCUCUGGUGCCUUAGAUGCAGUCAAGGCUGCUCGCCUGAACAAGGUGAUGAGUGAGAUGAGCACCAUCUACAGCACAGGGACAGUGUGUGAGCUGAACGACUCCUCCAUCUGCCACACCCUGGAGCCAGGUCUGGAGAGUGUGAUGGCCAACAGCAGAGAUUACUUUGAGCGUCUACAUGUGUGGGAGGGCUGGAGGGUGGAGGUGGGCAAGAGGAUGAGGCCACUCUAUGAAGACUACGUCGACCUGAAAAACGAGGCUGCCAAGCUUAAUGGGUUUGAGGACUAUGGUGCGUACUGGAGGUAUAAUUAUGAGACCAUUGAGGCUGAUCUCAGGUACAAGUACAGCAGACAGGACCUGAUGGAGGAUGUCCGCAAAAUUUACAAAGAGAUUCUGCCCCUGUACAAGGACUUGCAUGCCUAUGUGAGAGGUCGUCUGCAACAACAUUACCCUGGACACAUCCACCACCAGGGGCCGCUGCCUGCUCACCUGCUGGGUGACAUGUGGGGAAGAUUCUGGACCAAUCUCUAUCCUCUGUCCGUCCCCUAUCCUGAGAAAGAAGACAUCGAUGUCAGCGAGGCCAUGAUUGAGCAGAAAUGGCCUGAGAAGAGAUUAUUUGAGGAGGCAGAGAAGUUCUUCAUGUCGGUGAACCUUUAUAAGAUGUUUGACAACUUCUGGGACAAUUCCAUGUUUGUGAAGCCUGUAGAUGGAAGAAAGGUGGUGUGUCACCCCACCGCCUGGGACAUGGGCAACAGAGAGGACUUCAGGAUCAAGAUGUGUACCAAGGUAAACAUGGAUGACUUCUUGACAGCGCACCAUGAGAUGGGUCAUAACCAGUACCAGAUGGCAUAUCGGAACCUGUCCUACCUGCUGAGAGACGGGGCCAAUGAGGGCUUCCACGAGGCUGUGGGGGAGAUUAUGUCGCUUUCUGCUGCCACGCCCAAACACCUGAAGGCCCUGGGACUCCUGAAAUCGGACUUUGUUGACGAUGAACAGACAGAGAUCAACUUCCUGUUGAAGCAGGCCCUGACCAUAGUGGCCACACUGCCCUUCACCUACCAGCUGGAGGAGUGGCGAUGGCAGGUGUUCAUGGGGAACAUCCCCAAGGACCAGUGGAUGCAGCGUUGGUGGGAGAUGAAACGGGAUUUAGUGGGUGUGAUGGAGCCCGUCCCCCGAGACGAGAGCUACUGUGACCCCCCUGCCCUAUUCCAUGUGUCUGGAGACUACUCCUUCAUCAGGUACUUCACCAGAACCAUAUACCAGUUCCAGUUCCAGAAGGCUCUAUGUAAGGAGGCGGGGCAUACAGGACCUUUGUUCAAGUGUGACAUCACCAACUCAACACAGGCUGGCAGUAAGCUAAGGAAUAUGCUGGAGCUCGGGAGGUCCAAGUCGUGGACCAGGGCUCUGGAGCAGGUUUCUGGAGAAGUCAGAAUGGACGCCACACCACUGUUGGACUACUUCAGCACCCUCCACACCUGGUUAAAGGAGCAGAACCAGCUCACCAACAACAAUCCAGGCUGGCUGACCACAAAAGACCCCAAUCCAGAGUUUGCCAUCAAAGUCCGGCUGAGCUUGAAGGCUGCCAUGGGCGACAAAGCUUACCCAUGGAACCCCAACGAGUUGUACCUUUUCCAAACCAACAUGGCCUAUGCCAUGAGGCAGUACUACACUUCCACCAACAGAACUGCUCUCUUCACGUCGGAAAACAUCCGGAUCUAUAAGGAGACACCUCGCAUCUCCUUCUACUUCCAGGUUACGAACCCUGACAACACCACCAUGUUUAUCCCUAAAGCAGAGGUAGAGGCUGCUAUACGGUUGUCUCGUGGUCGCAUCAACGAUGCUUUCCAGCUGGAUGACAACACGCUGGAGUUUGAGGGUCUCCCGGCAACACUGGCCCCGCCAGUGGAGCAGCCAGUCACGGUGUGGCUGGUGGUGUUUGGGGUGGUCAUGGGACUUGUAGUUACGAUGGGCACCUACCUCAUCGUCUCUGGCUUCCUUUACAGAAAGAAGAUGAAAACAGCAAACCCCGAGGCCGCAGCUGCCCCCCCAAACCCUUACGUGAAUGGAGAGGCCAACAAGGCAUUUGAGAGAGACGAGGGGGAACAGACCGGCUUCUGAUCCAGACGUCUGGCCUGGAAGGGACGGCCAGCCUCCACCUGACCCCACCUUAGCACUAUGAUCAUUUACAUUUACAUUUAGUCAUUUAGCAGACGCUUUUAUCCAGAGCGACUUACAGUAAGUACAGGGACAUUCUCCCCGAGGCAAGUAGGGUGAA